GGUAGUUUUUCUGAUGCACCCUGUCUCUUGAUCUUGCAGAUGGCAUCUGAGUCAGAGCGACGUCCUCUGGGUGUGUUUGAGUGCCAGCUCUGUGCCUUGACAGCUCCAUACAGCUAUGUGGGCCAGAAGCCCCCGGAUACCCAGUCCGUUGUCCUCCUGGAGGAAAGCUAUAUCAUGAAGGAUCCCUUCACCUCGGACAAGGGCAGAUUCCUGGUCCUCGGCUCAAGAUGCAGUUUAUGUAGCAGGCUGGUGUGCGUGGGCCCGGAAUGCAGUCUAUUCUACUCCAAGAGGUUUUGCCUGCCUUGUGUCCAGAAGAACAUCAGUGCUUUUCCUCAGGAGAUUCGGCAAGACUUGGAGAAAAGGAAGGCUCCACCAAAGAGGCCCUCCAGCCAGCCGGGUUAUCGGACAUGAGCACAGCUGGUACCAGGUCAGGGGCGGGAGCCUGCAUGAAGUUCCCAGGCCAGCCUGGGCCAGGGGUGCCAUCAAGCUGGGAGCCACCAUGCACAGCCUUG